AUGAACAGUUAUGUGUGGUUAAUAUGUUUAUUGUGUCUUCAUGUAUUGACGUCAGUAGAAUCAGCGAGAAAAGGCAAACGGAUUUAUAGGAAACCAGCGCAUGAGAAUAAAAGGAAAUAUUUUAAAAAGGUUCCACUAGCUAGACCUGUCAAAGGCUUAGCGGUUGCACCCAGUAGACCAGAAGCAGAGGUUGUGCCAAGAACACAUAACAGAUACGCAGAGUUGUUACCGACUGUAGAUAAAUCUACGGACAAAGCAGCUCAAUUGCAAAGUGAAGCUUUAAUAGAUUUAGUUGCAAUAGAGCAGAGUAUCACCAAUAAUAAACAUACGUUGCCAGUAACGAAAUACGAAUUGCCAGUAAUGCAAGCACUACCGGUAUUGAGUGGGUUGCCAAUAAUAACGAGCUUGCCAGAAGUGAAUAUACGGCCACUACCAAUACCGAAUAAUGUUAAACCAAAUAUCGAAAAAUUAAGUGGUACUAAUUUAUCUCAUUUAAAUGGACACGAGGUUAAAUAUGAAAUAAUCGAUGUAAACCAACUCAGAAAUAAUCCAAUACUGCACAAGUGGUUAAGAUUUGAAGAAGUCAAAAGGAAGCUGUUCCAUUAA